AUGGGUGUGCUUGAUAUGGAUCCAUGUCUACUCAGUGAGGAUGGUGUAAUGAAAACAUAUCUGGCAGAAGAUGAAGUUCGUGUUGAAGAGUUCACUAAGCUUGUGUCCUAUACAGUUAACUUCAAUGUGGAAGACUGCGAUGGAAAGUGUUCAUGUGGGUUAUUCGAGAUGAGGGGGAUAUUGUGUAGGCAUAUUUUAGCCAUCUUCAAAGCUAACGGUAUAAAGUUAUUGCCAGACCGGUACAUUUUAGAUCGAUGGAGGAAGGACAUCAAGAGGAGAUACACGUUAAUCCACAGUAGCUACGAUGCUGGAGAUCAAAGGCCAGAUGGUAAUAGAUAUUCAAGUUUACUGAAUAUAUGUUAUCAGAUGGAAACUUAUGCAGCGGGUUCCAAUGAGCAGUUUGAAGAUGCAAAAAAAAAGUUAUAUUCAAUGAUUGACUUGUACGGUGAGAAUCAACACCCCCCAUCUAUGACCCAAACAGGUUCGAAUGCUAGUUUUACGACACUGGACACAAAUGCUGGUGGUAGUUCAAAACCUGUACUAAGUCCAAAUGUUGUGCGUGGGAAAAGAAGACCUCCAUCUCUAAGGAGAGCAUCCAGAAUGGAGAAAGACAUGCGGAAGGUUAAAGUCAAGCAAAAAAAAGCACCAGUCAAAGGGAAACGUAAACAGAUACAGUUUGGGUUGGAUGAAUCACAACCUGUACAGCAUGGGUUCGAUGGAUCACAACUUGAAAAGCAUGGAUUGGAUAGAUCACAACUAGAUUAA